AUGGACUUGAGUGAUAUAUUAGAACCUGGAGAGAUCAGCGACGAUAUCUUGACUGAUGCAGCCAAUGAUAGUUAUAAUAUAAAGGACGAAGAGAAUGUAUCUCCGUUGGUAUUGAAUCAAGCUGAUUUCGAAGUCGAUUAUCAAGACGAAAAUACUGAUGAAGCUACGUUACCUAAACUUCAAGAAAAACAUCAGAAACGGCAUCAGCAAAAUUGUGCCAGUGAAAGUGAAGAGAGUAGCAGUGAUGAAGAUAAAGCUUGGCAGAGGAAAAAGCACAAGACUGAAGGCGAUGUAACUAAUACGAAAGGUGCACUAGCGCUCCAAUCAAAAGUAUUACCUGCUGAUUGGCUCCAAUUAGAUCUUUUGCAAAAGUUUAAAAUUAGCAAUGAUAGAAUUGCCAAAUCAAUUGCACAUCAUUUACAUGAGCCAAAGGUGCAGCUAGUUCAAGAUGUGGUCAACAUGAUCGGUGUUGAGAAGGCUUUAUUGUUGACACGAUUCACUCUCGCUAUUCAGAAAGGUGGAGGAAUGCUUACUAAGGACGGCAAAAGGAAGCGGUAUCCAGGUGGUGUAUUCUUGUACCUCCUAGGCAGUGCAGGAAUUAUAGAAGAUGCAACUUAUAAAGAGAUUAUCAAGCGUGAUCGGCAGAGACAGAAAUAUGCAAAGGCUCAAUAUAAGGAGAGAAAUGAUAAGUCGUAA